CAUGUAUUCAAAAACUUGCCAAAUAACUUAUUACAUAAUAACACGUAUUUACCGUUUAUAGAAAGAAGUGGUUAAUUUAACUUUCAUCCAACAAGUUACCUUUCCUCACAAAUAUUUCAAUAUAUUUGGAAUAUUUUAGUCAGUCAUCGGGAACAGGCACAUGACAUGCUCAUGACGCAACAUUCAUCUUAAGCCCGGACGCAUAUUGUACGUUCGUCCGUGCUUGACCGAAAAGCUUCCGAAGUUCAAAAUACCAUGUCUAAAGAAGUAAAAGUAUCACGAUGGUAUUUUGGUGGUUUGGCAUCUGCAGGAGCAGCAUGCAUCACACAUCCACUAGACUUGCUCAAGGUUCAAAUGCAGACACAAAAGGGAAAAAAUAUUUCUAUGAUACAACUUACUGGUAUUGUAUUAAAGAACCAAGGAAUCUCAGGGUUGUACAAUGGUAUAUCAGCCUCUUUAUUAAGACAGCUGACAUAUUCCACAUCUAGAUUUGGUAUUUAUGAAAUUUCCAAGCAACAUAUGACACCAAAAGACGGUAGCGCGAUACCUUUCUACAUGUCAGCAUUUUUAGCUGGGCUUGGUGGAUUUACUGGUGGUUUUGUCGGAAAUCCGGCCGAUUUAGUCAAUGUCAGAAUGCAAAAUGAUGUCAAACUUCCACCUGAGCAGAGGAGAAAUUACAAGAAUGCAAUACAUGGCUUGUGGCGGGUUGCAGUUGAUGAAGGUGUGUUAAGAUUGUGGUCUGGAGCCACCAUGACCUGUACUCGUGCUGCACUCAUGACAAUUGGACAACUGUCAUUCUAUGAUCAAAUCAAGGGACUGCUCCUUUCGUCACCAUACUUUGGAGAAAAUGUUGCCACUCACGUAACAUCCAGCUUAUUAGCGGGUGCGAUAGCAACAACAAUGACUCAGCCCGUGGACGUCCUAAAGACCAGGGCAAUGAACGCGAAGCCGGGUGAAAUCAAAAGUAUACUCUCACUCGUCAAGAAUACCGCAAAAGAGAGUCCCUUGGCGUUUUUCAAAGGAUACAUUCCAGCGUUCGUGAGACUGGCACCACACACUAUUUUGACUUUUGUUUUCUUAGAACAGCUUAGAAUGAAUUUUGGAAUUUUGAAAAGUCAAUCGUAAAUGUCGAAAUUUGUUUUCGUUGUUGCUUUAUUUUAGAUUUUAAAUUUUUAGCGUUUUAUUUGUUAGAUAGCUGGUCUAUUUUAGUUAAUUCCAAUGAUAGUUUUCGCGAAAAUUCACAAAGUGAAACAGUUAUAGUUGCCUCGGCAAUUUUAUUUAAUAAUUUAAGAUUUUUAUUUUAUGAAGGAAAGUUAAUUUUAUGUUAUAUUUUGACAUUUCUGUUUUUUACAAAAACUACACAGAAAAUAUUUGUUAUUUAUUUAUUUAUUUGUGAUGUAAUUGAAAUUAAUACUUUUUUGACAAAUUUACAACAUGACCAAUAUUUAUAGCGUGUACCUACUCUUAAAGGAUUUAAUGGUUAAAAAUUGUUAGUAGUUGUUGUCGUACAUCGUUGUCGUCUUCCUGUUAAACAUCUUGAAAGAACGCUUAUUAUAAUAUCUUAACCUGUUAAAAAAAAUACCCAAAGAUCGUUUUAUAGAAAGUUCACGCAAACAUUAUAAGUAGGUACUAGAAACAAAGACUUUUUUAUGAGUAUAACUUCAUAUUUAGUAAUACCCAAAACUUUAAUUAACGACCCCGGGUGGCCAAUAAACUAAUUUAGAGAAUUAAAAAGGGCGGAAAGGCGGUAAAAAAAAGAAACUACUCGUACUUUCUUAGGGACCGCCGACAGACCGUUUUAUACGAAAUAAAACUGUAGCCAUUACUGUAUUUAGUAGUAGCAAUUGUAUACACAAAUCCUUAUUUUCUAAAAAAAAAUUGGCUUAGAAACUUUGGUAUAAACCAGGGAUUCCCAAACUAUUUUGCCAAAAGACCUCUUUUCCGAAACGAACUAAUACCUCAAACCCGUACGACCAAGUUACUUUUAAUCCUAUCUAUAGUUUUUUUCCUAUCUCCUUUCCUUUCUUAUCUAAAAACCUCUCGCUUGGUUAAGUGAGUAGAAUUGAUAUCAUUUUCUUAUCAAAGUUCAACAAAAUAAAUGACAUAAAAUUCAGUAAAUAUCGAGUUUAUUAAUACUAAUUACGUAAAACUAGCUAGAAUGUAAUUUUUUUUCAAAAAGACAUUAAAAUCGCAAAGUAAACAUAUAAACAUAAGAACUUAGUUAAUCAAUAGGGAUCGAUUUUAAGACCUCGUCAAUCCCCCAAAUCAGUUUUCAUUUAUGUCGGCCACUUUGUGUAUCCUUGGUCUAACCAAAACGAGUGUUUUUCAUUUACGAGCCCUGAAGACUGUUAAAAAUUACUGAACUAAAACAACAAUCAAGAAUUCUGCAGAGAUUCGAUCUUUUAGAAAUAAAUGUAAUUAAUAUAACAGUGUAAUAAAAUUUGUUAAGUUUCUUAACACGAUUGUUGAUCAAUCGAAAACAAAUUAAGCAUCAACAAACCGAUUUAAUAUGUACCUAAUUUAAAAAUUAAGCAAAGUUGAAUGUUUUGUGCCAAUACAUGUUCGUAUAAAAUAAGUUAGUUUAAAACUUUACUGACCUCGUCACAAAAUUCCACGACAUUGAAACUUUAUUUUUGAUACUUUUUAUUGGUUAUACAUUCCUUGGAAUAUUUAUGAAUAGAUUCUAAGGUAUAAAUUGUGAAACUUAUUUAUUCUGUCCAAUUUAUGUACCGGUCUUCUUAUUUGUUGUCAACGAAAACAAAAUUGAAUUGUACAAAUGUAGUCUGUAUCCAACCUUAUAACUCGUUUGAUGUAGAAUAACUCUCUAUAAUAAAAUAAUAAUAGAAGAACUCUCACCUAACCCAUAAAUAGCUCUCGUGAUUCUAAAUACGAGGAAAGCCAUACCGAACAUAACUCAUUGAGCAGAAAGAACUCUUGCCGGAAACGGAAUAUACUGUAAAUUAAUAAUUAUUCACACUGGGAGAUUUAGCUGAGUUAUUUGUUCGAGAUUACGAGUUUUAAUACUUUUCUCUCGGCUGUGCUUCGAGGAGGUUAUUUUGAGACAGCCUCCUUCGUGAAUUUUAUCUGACGGCAACUUCAAUAGGACUAGAUAGAAUAUUUUAAACCCUAUCGAACGCCUUUGUGAUAUCACGGCCCAAAUAAAAACUCCGAACACAUUUUCCGUGACUUAAUGUAAGGUCGUUUGGUGCGCGUAUUUUGAAUACCAUAUCGUUUAUUCAAAUGCUGUAAACCAUUCGAAGACAUAAGCCUCCGAUUUCAAGUAAUGAACUCCAAAGUUGCUAUUGGGACAGUUUGCGAGUCGGAUAAUAAUGUAGAUGAGUUAUAAGUAUGUGCUUGUCGUCCGACAUGAAAUAAUAUAAAUUUGCUUACCUGCGCUCUACGCACCAUUUGCUAUAAGCAAAACGUCUGUGACGCUUAUCUAUCAAAUGAGCAAUUGCGUGCACAGUACAAUCUAAAAAAGAGUCGUGCGUAUAAGUCCAAAUUAAACAAAACUUAUGAAAGUAUGGACGAUGCACAUAUAUACAUUCGUCUCGUUUCCGCUCGUCGCUUGUAAAUAAGCAUAUUGGCCCGCUUCCACAUGGCCAAGAUAUUUGCAAACGUGUUUUAGAUGAUGAUACAAUGUUGUAUAGAUAACCUAUCACCAUUAUUAUACGAACUCCUAAACUAAAAAAAGUUCUAAUGAAUAGUAGUACUACCGUGUAGGUACUGCUAGCGUUAACAUUCAGCCUUGACGCUAUCUGCAAUGUGCAUAAUUAGCACUGAUUACUUAUAGGCAUAAUUAGUACUUAUUCUGGGACUGCUAUGAACUCCAACGGCUAGAGUUCAAAGUUUAGGAUAAAGAUAAAAUAUUUCAUCCCCUGAAACCAUAUUUUGAAAACGAUGCGCAUAGUAGAAGCGUGGAAUCCUCUGUAAGACUAGAUUCUAUUGUCGAAACAGCAUAAAUCAGACGAUCCAAAAAAAGCACCUGUACUAUGUGAGAUCUGUUUUCGAAAUAAAAUACAAUAGGGGUAAUGUAAAUAUCACUCAUUAAUAGUAUUUGGGGCUUCAUGUUCAAAAUUAUGGAUUGCUUUCUGGGGCCUCGAAGGCAACGUGCUUGAAGACGAUUUCAAGAUUUUGGUAGACAUCAUUAUUCCCGCAGCAAAAAUUGAAAAAAAAAUCACAUUAACCAUGGGAAUCUUCCGAAAAAGCAGUAGAUAUUACUGCUAUUUCUACUCCGGUUUUCUUUCGAUUAGAAACAAAACGAACUUACGGAGCUGAACCCAAGCUAACUUUGGAAAGGAAAUUCUAAAUGGUAUGAAGUGAAAACUCAAAGUAUGUGAUAAAAACGUAUAACUUUCAGUUCUCGGAAUAUUUUACCCUCAGGUUGUUCUCAUCCCUGCUAACUAGUUGUAGGGCAAAGACCUUUGCAUUUGGUUUUCAUACUGCUACCCAUCGUGUACACAGAUUUCGAAACCGCAUGUUCCAGCCGAAUAUUCUGCGGCGGCUGUGGUUUUAAAGUUGCCGUCAGGUAAUAGAAAAUCUCGCAUAUAAAUUUAGUUUUAAAUCUACCGCAUAGCGAUUCCCAAGAGUUAUAUUUUUAGAGCGAAUUUCAUACGUAAAUAUUCGACAACUAAGUUGGUAUUCGACAAGAAUAAACAGUUCUUGAAAAAAAAAACGAAACGAAGUAAAUUAUGACUAUUAAAUAAAAAACGAAAUAUUUUGCUAGUCACAGUAUCGUUCCUUAGCAUAAUUAGUGUUGUGCGCUCAUAGAGCGUCGUAUGUUCAGAUACUUGAAUGUUAGAUUAUUAUUAAUGUGUUCUUCCGCUGGAUGGUGAUUUUUAAUAGUGAACUACGAAAUUGUUAAUUCAUUUAAUGUAAAUGUAAUGUCGUUAAUGUGUAUACAAGCGUUUUAACAAAUUUCAAAUAUGAAUUCAAACAUCUGAACGGACCCACGAGUAGCGUGUUAGGUAUAUUUUUGUUGCAGUUUUUGUUACUGUUUUGUAGUGUAUUUCGAAUACACAAAUUGGAGUUAAAAAUAUAUAUACAUAACAUAUUCCUUUAUUUAUUAUUAUUGUAAGAUUGUCUUUUAAUGCAUAUAAUGCAUAUUUACUAUCUAAGAGUAUAAUUUUGAAAAAAUGUUUAAUGCUCUUCAAACAUUUGCAGAACUUCUAGAAAAAUUAAAAUUUAGAUUUUAAGGAACGGUGUGUUCUAUUAAUGGCCGACCUUUCAAAAUCCUGUCAAGUAUAUUCAUAGUGUGUUUUAGAAUUCCAAAUUUAAUAUUAGUCUAUGGUGUUGUUGUAUUAUUAAAGCUAUUGUUAAUGGAAAA